AGUUAGUAGUUACGUUAAGCGGUCGGAUAACGUAAGGGGCGGAUUCUUCACUAACACCAUAACUGUGUAUAUUUUAAAAGUAGUUUUAGUUGUCUAAGCCCUCAGGUUGGUAGGAUGGGGUUGGAUUGGGAGACAAAAUCUUCCAGGAUGUUGGAUGAAGAGAGCAGCAGAGAGGGAGAGUCUUCAGAAGAACUAAUGGAAAUGUUGAGGAAGAAAAAUGAAACAAAAUCUUUUGAUGACAUAAUCAAGCUACUUCAUGUUGUUUCAUCUGAACAGAAAGCCCGUAUAAUGUUGAGGUCUUGUAUGGAUAAAGUAUUGAUGAAUAUGGGUGGAAGUUAUAAUCUGCGUGAUGUGAUUGACAGGUUAAGAUCUGUUGCAAGUGUUAAUGGGCUUCGGUUCAAUGUUGUUCUUGACCAAGACACCUCGAGUCCAGGCACAACAUGUCAGAUACUCGCCGACAUGUUCACCAUGGAGGUUACGCUGGAUGAAAGUCAGUUUGGUGGACUCUCAGUCCUUGAUGUUAAGAUUGUUUAUUCAGAUCAUGUGAAAAGUUGCCCGAACAUGGUUCAAAUUAUCAGAGAAGGAAAAUUUUUGGAGCUUUCAAAGCAACUGAAAGGCUUGACCGACAUUUACCCUCCUUCAAUGGACCAAACCACUCGUACACGAAUGUAUAUGGCUCUUCAAUCACUUGAUAUGGACCUCGCAAAGAUGAGCCAAGUUUACAGGGACUCCCAUGGUGACUCUGAUACCUUGCACAUCAUUAUGAACGGCUACGUUGGUCUUCUGUUCCCCAGAGAAGUUGGAACGUGCUCACAGUUGAAAUAUUUUUUGUCACCAUACGAUUUGGUUGAUGUCAAAACUAAACAACUGAAAACAUUAACAAACCAAGUCUUGGAAAACAUUGGCAUGCAAGCAGAGAUAGGUUUGGAGGUUUAUGAGACUCCGUGUAAGCUUCCAAUUACUCCACUUAUUGCAAACAAUCAUCCAACCGAUGAAACAAGCAAGCCUCGAUUUGCGGAGAUCAACCAACACAACUCUGUCCCACUACCAGCGUGCUACUCACUGAAACUUCACCCACCCGUGCCUAUACUUGAUCAUAUUGUGAAGCAAAUUGAACAAGAGACAAAGUUACCUGUUUUGUACAAAGACAAAUCCACUUCAUAUUUAUCACUGAUACAAAAGGAUGAUGAAUGUUGUAAGGUUACAUUUGGUUCUGUAACGCACCGCCACCAUCUUGACUUCUCGCAUGUGGAAGGUCUCCUUGUCCACCAAGUUCGAUUCACAAGUCCUGAGCAUGUGGUUGCUGUGAUUAACUUGCUAAGGAAGCAAUGUUAUCUCAACACUGUACUGACAAGCUGCAUGAGGAAGUCUAAAAAAGCUCAAGUUUCAGACCCAGCCGACAUGGAGUGGUGUUUUGAUGUUUCGUACAACGACCAACGAAGCAAACUCAACGUAACAUUUGAACAUCCAACCUGUUCUUGCUCAACAGCUUUUGCGGAAAUUUCGUUUUCGUCGUUUGGAAUUACUUCUUGUCAUAUGUUCGUUGGUCGUGGUGACCAACCAUUGUGUAGCGACAAGCUGGCAACAACUGUCAUGCAGAAGUCACUCUCUCUACCUGUUACUAUGAGAACCGUGAUGUUCCACACCAAGAAAAACCGUCACAAAGAACCAGAAGUUCAUCGACAAUCAAGACAUCCAACCCCCCACCCUCCCAUGCCUCCUGUUAAGCCACAGCCCCCAAUUAUGGCCCCACAACAACAACAACCCCAACUGCUCAAUCCACUCCAACCAACACUACCUACCCCUGCAACCACCCCUCCUGUUUCAAUAAAUCAGUCAAUGUCACAUUUCACAGGUACAUCUAUAUAUAGAUAUGAUUUAACUUCCAGAUACUACUUUAUUAUUAUUCACCUGCCCCUGCUAGAGUUCAUCCUAAUACAGUGCAACCGAAGGUAA